AUGACCUCAGCCUCCCCUUUAGGUGAUACCACCUUCUACUCAUUGAACAUGACCACCAGGGGAGAAGACUUCCUAUAUAAGAGUUCCGGGGCCAUUGUUGCUGCCGUGGUGGUGGUGGUGGUGAUCAUCUUUGCUGUGGUUCUGAUCCUGCUGAAGGUGUAUAACAGGAAAAUGAGGACCAGGAGGGAGCUGGAGCCUAAGGGCCCCAAGCCAGCUUCCCCAUCUGCACUGGCUCUAAAUAACAGCAGCCCACAGCCUGCGACUGUGACCUUCGCCCCGGCUGAUGUCCACGUGGAGAACCGGUGA